UCUUGAGUGUGUCUGUGUGUGGGUGUGGGUGUUUGAGUCUAUCUAAGCAUGAAGCAGGGCCGCAUACUCAAAAUCUCAUUGGACCCCUGCUGUUGGUCACAUGACCACAGAGGGCGGGCCCACUGGCCGUUCUCCUCUCCAGAUAACCGCAGCAGUGAUUUGUAGUUGAGGUGUGUGUCUACGCUAUCUCUAGCGCCCAUCACACAUAGCAGGUGUGGAACGAGCAGGAACGAAAUCCGCCCGGAGCUCAGGACCACUAGACGCAAGAAAGAAAAAACAGAAAGAGAGGCAGAGAGAGAGAGAGUGAGUGAGUGAGUUGAGACUGUCUCCAUGUUAUUGUGCUGAUUGACCAUUGUGUCUCGAGGAAACGUGACGUGUGUCGGUCAGCUAACUCAACAGCAUCGAUGACCCUUGUCACAGUUCAGUAGCACAAAGUAAGCAAAGCUACUGUACCAACUACAAAGCCAGUGUAUCCAGCAAGCCAGCCAAGAUGACCGAAGUGACAGACGUGUUUCCAGAGGUCUUUGAUGACAAUGACCAUGACCAUGAGGAGGACCAUGACCAGGAGCUGGACUUGGAGCUGGACUUGGCCUUGAUAGACAGUGAGUGUCUGGGCAGCAUGACGCAGGAGAGCCAGGAGAUCUACCUGAGGCUCAACCAGUACCGCAGGCGCUCCGGACUACGCCUAGCCCGCAUCAUCGCCCGGCAACAGCUGCUCAAAAGGAUCAUGCAAGAAAUCGAGGCAAAGGAAGAAUGCGAUUGGUUGAGGGCGGCAGGGUUCCCGCAGUAUGCCCAGCUGUAUGAAGAUUCCCAGUUUCCCAUCGACCUGUCGGCUGUCAAAAGGGACCACGACUUCUUGGACAAAGACCUGGUGGAGCCCCUGUGUCGGCGUCUCAACACGCUGAACAAGUGUGCCUCCAUGAAACUGGAUAUCAGCCUCCCGAAGAAGAAAAGUGACGAUUCGGAUGAGGACGACCUGCUGGCCAUCAGCAACCGAUGGACGUUUGAGUGGAGCAGCCGUCGCUGGUCGCGCGUGCAGGACUUGGACCUCCUGUUGGGCGGGCAGCUGCAACAGCGCAGCCUGUCGGAGGUGGGGGAGGACAGCGGGAGCGGUGGUGGUGGAGGUGGAGGAGGAGGAGGAGGAGGAGGAGGAGGUGUUGGGGGCCUGCGCGCCACGGAGAGCCGCGAGAGCAUGCUGACGGACAUGAGCGAGACCGAGGUGUGCUCGCUCAACAGCGAGGACUCGGCCUCCUCCCUCCUGUUCCAGGACUCUUACUCCCUGGCGCCUUCGCCGCACACGCCACACCACCACCACCACCACCACGCACGCUCCUCAUCCCACCCACCGGGCGAAUACCCGCAUUACCACUCGCUUCCGGCGAAAGUCGGCAGCAGUGGUGGCACCGGCGGCGGCGGCGGGAGUCGCCACGGCCGCACGCGCGCCAAGGACUUCCUGCGCCGCAUGGAGACGCUGCGCUCGUGGGGCUCGUCGCUGGGCCGUCCCGAGCGGCGCUCGCUGGUCAUCAGCGGGCCCGUGCUGCAGAGAGAGUCGGACGCCCUGCGGACGCUGCGCUGCGUGCAGAUCGGUAACGGCGAUCCGAUUCCGUUGCCGGCGCACGGCCUCUACAGCACCAUGCCGCGCCUCAGGCACCGGACAUCGUCGGCGGCGCACGGCAACGGCUGCCGGGCCACAGAGGUGACCCUCGGGGACGAGGGGGUACAGAGCCAGCUGAUGGAGAGCAGCACUAGCAGCAGUAGCACCGCCGGCGGUGUGGACAGUGUUGCUGCCGAGGAGGACUCGAUAGCCGAGCUGCAGCCCAAAAACAGGGACUCCGUGCUGCACAAGCGUGGCGGUGUGUACCUGGAGGGGAUGGACGUGCUUACGGUUGGACCCGAGGCUGACGCGGCAGACAGCCUGAACAACAACACCACGGCCAGCACGGACCUCAACACCAGCACUUACACUGACAUUGACACAGACAUAAGCACUAAAGCUAACACCACCACCACCACCAGCACCACACCAGAUAUUAGUACCAACACCACCCCCAAAACCACCACUACCACUAGUACACCCAAAAGGUCUGCCAGUCAGGUCCGUAAGAAUCAAUUCCGUUCCUAUGACGACCUGGUGGUGCACGUGCCCAAAGACCACAAGCCAGGCACCUUCCCUAAAGCCCUGUCCAUCGAGAGCCUAGUGCCCUCCGAUGGAGACAGGGUGAACUGGCGGGCAGGUGACACGCAGCAUCGGGGUGGUGGUGGUGGUGGUGGAGGUCGCACCAUCCGCUGUUGCCCUCACGGCAGUCGGAUAUCCGUCUACGACAACGUACCUGGCUCGCACCUGUACGCCAGCACAGGUGAUCUGAUGGACCUGGAGAAAGAGGACCUGUUUCCACACCUGGAUGACAUCUUGCAGCACGUCAACGGUCUGCAGCAGAUCGUGGACCACUGGUCCCGAAACGUGCUGCCGCCCGACGGGGAAGGCAUGGAGGAAGGUCACUUGGACGAAGGAGAAGAGGAUGAUGAGGAGGAGGAGGAUGAGGUGGAUGGAGGGCGUGGCAUGAAAGGGGUUGGGUCUGCCAGUCAGAUCACGCUGGACUUUGAGGGCCUGGCCACGCCCAGUGAUGGGGAGAGAGACGGGAUGUCACUGAACGAUACGGACUCGACCAGCACGCGGGAGAGGAGGGACUCGGGGGUAGGAGCCUCACUCACCAGGCCAAGACUAAGGUGGCCCAGCUUCAGGAUAUCGAACCGCAUCAGCCAAUCAGGAGUGUCCCUGCAGAUCAACAGCCAAUCAGCUGGCCAGCUGAGCCUGCUACAGAAGUUCUCCCUGUUACGCCUCACUUCCAUCAUGGAACGAUAUUCAAUGUCCAACAAACAUGGAUGGACCUGGUCCGUGCCAAAGUUCAUGAAGCGGAUGAAGAGCCCGGAGUAUAAGGAUAAGGUGGUGUUCGGGGUGCCGCUGAUCGUCCACACCCAGAGGCACGGCCAGCCCCUGCCCCUCUGCAUCCAGCUGGCACUGCGCUUCCUCAGGGGACAGUGUCUGGACCAGGUGGGCCUGUUUCGUAAGUCGGGAGUAAAGUCUCGCAUCCUGGCCCUGAGGCAGAUGUGUGAGUCGUCUCCGGACGCAGUGGACUACGAGGACCAGUCUGCUUACGAUGUGGCCGACAUGGUGAAGCAGUUCUUCCGGGAUCUGCCCGAGCCCCUGCUCACCAGCAAGAUGGGAGAGACCUUCCUGCACAUUUACCAGUACGUCCCUAAGGAGCAGCGGUUGCAGGCAGUGCAGGCUGCCAUCAUGCUGAUGUCUGACGAGAGCCGCGAGGUGCUGCAGACGCUGCUGUGCUUCCUGAGUGAUGUCACUUCCUCUGUGGAGGAGAACCAGAUGACUCCCACCAACCUGGCCGUCUGCCUGGCCCCUUCGCUCUUCCAUCUCAACAUCAUGAAGAACGACAACCUCUCACCAAGGUCGAUUCAGAAGAAGUAUGCCACGGGUCGUCCGGACCAGAAGGACCUGAAUGAGAACCUGGCCGCCACUCAGGGCCUGGCACACAUGAUCACGGAGUGCAACAGCCUCUUCCAGAUCCCACAGGAGAUGGUGACCCAGUCCCGCAACUCCUACAUGGAGGCUGAGCUUUUGGCGCCCCCUCUUGACGAGUUGUGUAAACUGCAAAAUCAGCAGCAGCAGCAGCAGCAGCAACAGCGGCGGCAGCAGCAGCAGGAGCUACAGGAGGAGGAGGAGGAGGAGGAGGAAGAGGAGGACAUGGAGGAGGAGGAAGGCUCCUACCACUCCCAGGUGGAGAGGCUGACCCAGAGCCUGCUGAAGGAGGCGCGGGAGUCCAAGUCCAAGGCCUGGGUGAGCCGCUCCAGCGCCAGCGGGGACAACACGGAGCUGGCCUUCAGGAAGGUUGAGGAUGGGACUCCUCUGCGGCGAUGGCGCGUGUCAGUGGAGGUGGAGGCCCCUCCCUCGGUGGUGUUGAACCGGAUACUGCGAGAGCGCCACCUAUGGGACAGCGACCUGCUGCAGUGGAAGGUGCUAGAGACGCUGGACAAGCAGACCGAGGUGUACCAGUUCGCCCUCAACAGCAUGGCUCCUCACCCCAGCCGGGACUUUGUGGUUCUCAGGUCGUGGAGGACGGACUUGCCAAAGGGUGUGUGCACGCUGGUGUCCGUCUCGGUGGAUCACGACGACAGCCCGCCCAUGGGUGGCGUACGGGGCGUGGUGCUGGAGGGCCAGUACCUACUGGAGCCCUGUGGAGCAGGGAAAUCCAAACUCACACACAUCUGCAGAGUUGACCUCAAAGGGCGAUCGCCAGAAUGGUAUAACAAGGCCUUUGGUCACCUCUGCUCUGCCGAAGUGGCACGGAUUCGGAACUCCUUCCAGACGACGGAACCUGAGGGACCUGAAACAAAGAUCUAGAACUUUGCACACGCCAUUGUUAUCAGACGUAAGAACUAGGGAAGGCCGUUUCCCGGGCCACGGGAUGAUACAGACACAUUGAGGUGAAGGAGAGCAAGUGUCAUCAUCAGAUGCAGAGGGUGACAAGGAAGCACUGGUUUGAAUUGACAAGGGUCUCACUGCCAGACGUCCUGCAGUUCAGUUCUGAGGGAGUCUUAACCUACACAUGUGUAUCAUACUGUACCUACACUGCGUCUGCAUCUGUGUUUAUACGUGUGUGACAGUGCCACCUUGUGGUAUGUGCAAGUCGUGCAACCAUUGACAGCGUGAUUUCAUAUAAGAUAUUGUAUAAAUCACGACUGUGAGUCACAGUGAGAUCAAUAGUAACAACAAUAGCAAAAACAAAAAAACAAACAAGAACCAGAGUUCUCUGCAUUUAGGAGCUUGUCAGGCAUUUAUGUAGACCUAUUUAAGAGUGAGAAAUCCUUUGCCAGUGGGAUAAACCAAAACUGUAGGGCUUCUCCUAGCAGCAGUAUUGCUAUGUUUCUUUGAAAACUAACCAGGCCUGUUGUAUUUCUGUUGGAACCGGCAGUUUUAGUGCUGUGAUUCUGAGCUGUGAUUCCCAAUGCUGAGCAUGGGAAGAGAACCCAGUUUUGUCUGUGCUUGGUGCACGUUUCCGUGGCUUGUGGAAAACAGUGACCAAUGGCUUUAAUAGGUUUACUAUUAUCAUAGUCGGUGACAUUGGUAUUGCUUCGGUCCUCAGUUGCGGUUAGGGUUAUAAUAUUUUGUGUCAGAUGCAACGUCGGUAAUGCAGCUUUACGGUGGAUUAUUUCUAAAGUUUUUAAAGCAAAAAAAAUAUAUUUUUUAUUUUAUUUUGAUCUUAUUUUCUGUUUUAUUUUUUUACAUAACAAACUGCAUUGUCUUGAUGUCAUGAGAGUAAAACUCAACAGUAAUAAAUUGAGUUUUUGAUUAAAGUUCUAAAUGGAGCUUCGAUUUGUGGGGACAUUUGCGGUUUUACAAAAGAGGAUUUUUAAAAUGAGAGCAGUAUAAAGGGAUCCUCAAGGGAUUGGUAAAACAUUGCAGUUACUACAAUGUCAAUGUACCUAUUCAAUACGUCACUGCCAAAAAAAAUUGACAUUUGUUGACAGUAAUCCUACAAAUUAUUAUUAUUAUUAUUAUUAUUAUUAUUAUUAUUAUUAUUAUUAUUGCUGUUACCACUGUUGUGUCUCUCUACAAUGUCUAGGACAUUUAACCAUUUCACUGCUUCUGGGAAGCAUUUGCAUUUUAUCUGUUUCACACGUGUUCUAUUAUAGAGAGAUAAAAUAUACGUCUGCAAGCCUGUGUGUACUGUACUGUACUGUAUGUGUGUGUAUGUAUGCUUGUGAUUAGAUAGCUAUUGCCGAUGUGUUUUGUACAUACUAUGUUGUAAAUACGCCACGUGUAACGAUAAAGGCAACUGCUUCUUCGCACGGUAUGGCUGCGUGUUUGAUGUUGAUACUUUUUUUUUUCUUUGAAUAUUGUAAUAUCUGUGUAAAUCUCCAGUACCCAACUAUAGGCUGGUGCCUCCGUGGCACCCCAGUGUUGUUUUGUUUGAUCCAUUGGGUUUUGACUGGGGGCCUACCGCCUACAGGCAAGGUGACAUGGCUCCAGACAUUAGACAGAAAGCAAGAGGAACAACAGGGUGUCUGACUUUAAAGGAACAGUGUGCCAAUUUUUAUUUGUUGUUUAUUUCCAGAAUUCAUGCUGCACAUUGACAAAUGCCAUCUUUUCUUAUCUGAGUAUUCACUACUACCAUCAAUUUCAAAGUUACAUACUUAUUAUGGCUUGGAAAUGUACUUUUUUCUCAUACCUGAAUAGGGAUGAAAAUACAAUUUUGAAUUAAGAGUCAUAGGCAGCUUUGGCUGAAAAACCUUCUCUGGUCAGACCAGUAAUUAUGAGUUUAUUUACCUUGUAAAUGUUCAUGGGAAAGGUUGGAUUUGUAGAAGGUCAGCAAAAAUGUUGGAAAUGCACACUGGGGACCUUUAAGAUGUUAUGAUAAUGGGGGAGUAAAAAACAAACAAAGAAAAAAUGCUCUCACUUCAUUAAACUGUGUCAGAAACU